CCAGCGGCAGCUCUCCCGUCCCGCCGGCGGCGGCAACAUGGCCUCGGCCGGUAACGCGUCGGAGCCGGAGACCAGCAGCACCGCGGGCGGCGGAGGCCACCCCGGCCGGGCGGCGAGAAACGGCGGCGGGAGGCGGCGAAGGACUGGAGGGAAUCGGCGCGCCGCGGCGCCCGACCGGGAGUAUCUGCAGCGGCCAAGCUACUGCGAUGCGGCUUUCGCCUUGGAGCAGAUUUCAAAGGGGAAGGCGACGGGACGGAAAGCGCCGCUGUGGCUGCGAGCAAAGUUUCAGAGACUGUUGUUUAAACUGGGCUGUUACAUUCAGAAAAACUGCGGGAAGUUUUUGGUUGUCGGCCUCCUGAUAUUUGGGGCUUUCGCUGUAGGAUUAAGGGCAGCUAAUCUCGAGACCAACGUGGAGGAACUGUGGGUGGAAGUUGGUGGACGAGUGAGUCGGGAGUUAAAUUACACACGGCAGAAGAUUGGAGAAGAGGCCAUGUUCAACCCCCAGCUCAUGAUCCAGACUCCACAGGAAGAUGGUGCUAAUGUACUAACAACAGAAGCACUCCGACAGCACCUUGAGUCUGCGCUUCAGGCCAGCAGAGUACAUGUCUAUAUGUACAACAGACAGUGGAAAUUGGAACAUUUGUGUUACAAAUCAGGAGAACUCAUCACAGAAGCAGGUUACAUGGACCAGAUCAUAGAAUAUCUUUAUCCUUGCUUAAUUAUCACUCCUUUGGACUGCUUCUGGGAGGGAGCAAAGCUACAGUCAGGAACUGCCUAUCUAUUAGGGAAGCCUCCUUUGCAGUGGAUCAACUUUGACCCCUUAGAAUUCUUGGAAGAGUUAAAGAAAAUAAACUACCAAGUGGAGAGCUGGGAAGAAAUGCUGAAUAAAGCAGAGGUUGGUCAUGGUUAUAUGGAUCGACCCUGCCUGAAUCCUGCUGAUCCCGAUUGCCCAAUCACAGCUCCCAAUAAAAAUUCCACCAAACCUCUUGAUGUAGCCCUUGUUUUGAGUGGUGGAUGCUAUGGACUAUCAAGAAAAUACAUGCAUUGGCAGGAGGAGCUGAUUAUAGGUGGUACAGUCAAGAACAGUUCUGGUAAACUUGUCAGUGCCCAGGCUUUGCAAACCAUGUUUCAGUUAAUGACCCCUAAGCAAAUGUAUGAACAUUUCAAGGGGUAUGAAUAUGUUUCACAUAUCAACUGGAACGAGGACAAGGCAGCAGCGAUUCUGGAAGCCUGGCAGAGGAUGUAUGUUGAGGUUGUUCAUCAAAGUGUUGCACAAAACUCUACUCAGAAGGUGCUUUCCUUUACUACGACCACCCUGGAUGACAUCUUGAAGUCAUUUUCUGAUGUCAGUGCUAUCCGAGUAGCUAGUGGCUACUUACUAAUGCUUGCCUAUGCCUGUUUAACGAUGCUGCGGUGGGACUGUGCCAAGUCUCAGGGUGCUGUGGGGCUGGCAGGAGUCUUGUUGGUUGCACUCUCUGUGGCUGCAGGAUUGGGUCUGUGCUCAUUGAUUGGAAUUUCCUUUAAUGCCGCCACAACUCAGGUUUUGCCUUUUCUUGCUCUUGGAGUUGGUGUAGAUGAUGUUUUCCUUCUGGCACAUGCAUUUAGUGAAACAGGACAGAAUAAGAGAAUUCCAUUUGAGGACAGAACAGGUGAAUGUCUGAAGCGAACAGGAGCAAGUGUAGCCCUUACAUCUAUCAGCAAUGUUACUGCCUUCUUUAUGGCUGCCUUAAUUCCUAUUCCGGCUUUAAGGGCAUUUUCACUCCAAGCAGCAGUUGUGGUGGUGUUCAAUUUUGCUAUGGUUCUGCUGAUUUUCCCUGCUAUCCUGAGCAUGGAUCUUUAUCGUCGGGAAGACAGGAGACUGGACAUAUUUUGCUGUUUUACAAGCCCAUGUGUCACUAGAGUGAUUCAGGUUGAGCCUCAAGUGUAUGCAGAAAAUGACAAUACUUGCUACAGUCCUCCACCGCCAUACAGCAGCCAUGGUUUUGCACAUGAAACUCAGAUUACAAUGCAGUCCACAGUGCAGUUGCGCACAGAGUAUGACCCUCACACGCAGGUGUACUACACCACAGCAGAGCCUCGCUCAGAAAUAUCUGUGCAGCCAGUGACAGUGACACAAGAUAACCUGAGCUGCCAGAGCCCAGAAAGCACAAGCUCGACGAGGGAUUUACUUUCCCAAUUCUCAGACUCCAGUAUACAUUGCCUUGAGCAACCUUGUACGAAGUGGACACUCUCAUCUUUUGCAGAAAAGCAUUAUGCUCCAUUCCUCCUGAAACCAAAAGCUAAGAUUGUGGUUAUUUUUCUUUUUCUGGGUUUACUUGGGCUCAGCCUUUAUGGAACUACCCGGGUGAGAGAUGGACUAGAUCUCACAGACAUUGUGCCACGGGAAACACGGGAAUAUGACUUUAUUGCUGCACAGUUCAAGUACUUUUCGUUCUACAACAUGUAUAUUGUGACACAAAAAGCAGACUAUCCAAAUGUCCAGCACUUACUUUAUGAACUUCACAGAAGUUUCAGCAAUGUGGCAUAUGUUUUGUUGGAAGAGGAUAGGCAGCUCCCCAAAAUGUGGUUGCACUACUUUCGAGACUGGCUGCAAGGACUUCAGGAUGCAUUUGACAGCGACUGGGAAACUGGGAAGAUAACCUACAACAACUAUAAAAAUGGUUCUGAUGAUGCUGUUUUGGCUUACAAGCUCUUGGUACAAACAGGCAACCAGGCAAAGCCCAUUGACAUCAGCCAGUUGACUAAACAGCGUCUGGUGGAUGCGGAUGGAAUCAUUAACCCAAAUGCUUUCUACAUCUACCUGACAGCCUGGGUUAGCAAUGACCCUGUGGCCUAUGCUGCCUCGCAAGCCAACAUCCGCCCGCACCGCCCGGAGUGGGUCCAUGACAAAGCAGACUACAUGCCAGAAACACGGCUGAGGAUUCCAGCAGCCGAGCCGAUAGAAUACGCUCAGUUUCCUUUCUACCUCAAUGGAUUGCGUGAAACUUCUGACUUUGUGGAGGCUAUUGAGAAAGUGAGAGCUAUCUGUAAUAACUACACCAGCCUGGGGAUCUCCAGCUACCCAAAUGGUUACCCAUUUCUCUUCUGGGAGCAGUACAUCAGACUUCGUCACUGGCUCCUCUUAUCCAUUAGCGUGGUUUUAGCUUGCACGUUUCUGGUGUGUGCCCUCUUCCUCCUAAACCCCUGGACAGCUGGGAUCAUUGUGGUGGUACUGGCUCUGAUGACUGUGGAGCUGUUUGGCAUGAUGGGUCUAAUUGGAAUAAAGCUGAGUGCAGUGCCUGUGGUUAUCCUGAUUGCUUCUGUUGGCAUUGGUGUGGAAUUCACUGUUCAUGUUGCUUUGGCAUUUUUAACUGCCAUAGGAGACAGGAACCAUAGGGCUGUCCUUGCAUUGGAACACAUGUUUGCACCAGUGCUGGAUGGGGCCGUGUCCACUCUGCUUGGGGUGUUAAUGCUUGCAGGAUCAGAGUUUGAUUUUAUUGUCAGGUAUUUCUUUGCUGUUUUGGCAAUCCUAACCAUUCUGGGAGUUCUCAAUGGAUUGGUGCUGCUUCCUGUUCUUCUCUCUUUCUUUGGACCAUACCCCGAGGUUUCUCCAGCCAAUGGACAGGACAGAUUGCCCACACCAUCUCCUGAGCCACCCCCCGGUACUGUGAGGUUUGCACUGCCACCUGGCCACACAAAUAAUGCAUCAGAUUCCUCUGAUUCUGAAUACAGCUCUCAAACCACAGUGUCUGGCAUCAGUGAAGAGCUACAUCAGUACGAGGCCACACGAGGCCCUGGGGCACCAGUCCAUCAAGUAGUAGUGGAAGCAACUGAGAAUCCUCUCUUUGCAAGAUCCACUGUGGUUCAGCCAGAAGCAAGGCACCAGCCGAGUCCUAGGCUGCAGCCAAAUCCCGAUCCCAGCACACAGCAGCCCUGGCAUCAGGGCAGACAGCCCAAAAGGGCAGCGAGGGAAGGGCCGCGACCGCCUCCUUACCGGCCUCGCAGGGACGCCUUUGAGAUUUCUACUGAAGGGCACCCGGCCGCCGGCAGCAGGGACCGCUUGGGCCACAAGGCCCGCUCGCACAGCCUGAGGAGCCCGGCGUUCGGGCCGGCGGGCGCCGCGGGAGCGGCCUACUGCCAGCCCAUCACCACCGUGACUGCCUCGGCCUCCGUCACCGUGGCCGUGCACCCUGCCCUGCACGGCCACGGCUCCCACGGAGCCGGCUUUCCGGCCUACGACGGACACCGUGAAGCUGGCCACGCGCCGUUCGAGGACCCCCACGUGCCUUUCAAUGUGCGCUGUGAAAGAAGAAAUUCUAAAGUAGAAGUUAUAGAACUGCAAGAUGUCGAAUGUGAGGAGAGGAUACCUGGCAACAGCUCACAAUAA